AUGGCGCUUACUAUCCUCAUGUUUUAUACUCGUCGCCCAGACUUGACUGUUGCUGAAUUCAAAAAGCACAUGGAAAACAAGUACCUCCCCAUUGUGAAGGAGGUGAUGGGCCUCCACGUGCCCGAAUCGACAACUCUGCGCUAUGUCGAACGAUGCAGUUCUGGUUUUGGGGAUAGAUUGGGAGCGACUCUUGCAUCGAAGUACCGAAACAAUCCGGACGCGCCUGUGCUACUUGUUGGGUACCCGAAAGAUCUGGGAUGGGACGCGAUGGUGGAGAUGUCUUUCAAAGAUGACCUUCAUCUUAUGCAAGGCUACGCUGCGACCAAUAGUGCAGAGGGCCAGCGGCUCAGGGACGCAGAGGAAGAUUUUACAGUACCCGAUGCGAUGAAGGUCGUGCUGAUGGACCGGAUCACAGUGACAGACCGUAGCAUGGGCUGA